AUGCCAAGUCCAUAUGAGACCACAUCGAUGUACUCCAAUGCGAUGGCAGCACCGCCACCGAAUGGCAAUGCCAAUGGAGGAGCAAAGCAGCCACCCAGCUACGAGGAUUGCAUCAAGAACGCUCAGUCGCUGCAAUCCCUGCCCGGCAAUGGCCUGGACAUGAUCAAGCUGGACAACAACUAUGGCUUCUCGAUGGGCUCGCCCUUUCAGCAGGACCUCCUCAACGGCCAGGGACUGGGAGGGAUGAACGGAAAUGGCGGCGGUGGCCAGAGGAAUGGCCCCGGUGUCGGUGGUCUAUGCGGCAUGGGCGGCUUGACGGGAUCAGGAAAUGGUAAUAGCCAUGAGCAGGGUCUCAGUCCGCCGUACUCGAAUCAGUCGCCGCCGCAUUCGGUCCAGAGCAGUCUGGCGUUAUCGCCGCACGCCUAUUUGGGUUCUCCCUCGCCGGCCAAGUCGCGGCCCAGCUUGCCCACCUCCCCCACCCAUAUUCAGGCCAUGCGGCAUGCCACACAACAGAAGCAAUUCGGUGGCAGUAGUCUGAACAGCCUGCUGGGCGGGAAUGGUGGCGGCGGAGUCGGAGGUGGAGGUGGUGGUGGCGGAGGAGUUGGUUCUCCGGUCAGUUUGGGAAUCAUCUCACCCACCGGCAGCGAUAUGGGCAUUAUGCUCGCCCCGCCCCAAUCCUCCAAAAGCAACUCAUUUCACUCGGGUCAAAUGAAUCCGCCCUCGAUACAAAGUUCAAUGUCCGGCUCCUCGCCGUCGACCAACAUGCUGUCGCCGUCGUCGCAGCACAAUCAGCAGGCCUUCUAUCAGUACCUAACGCCGCCCAGCCAGCACUCCGGCGGCCAUACGCCCCAGCAUCUCGUCCAGACACUGGACAGCUAUCCGACACCGUCACCAGAAUCGCCAGGACACUGGUCAUCGUCGUCGCCGCGCUCAAAUUCGGAUUGGAGUGAAGGAGUUCAGUCGCCGGCAGCGAAUAAUCUGUACAUUUCUGGAGGACAUCAGGCCAACAAAGGAUCCGAGGCCAUUUAUAUUUGA